AUGACCCAAGAGAUUCUGUAUGGGGCAAGAUUUACCGAGUCGUAUCGCGGCCAGCUUCUUUAUGUUGGUGUAUUCGACAACAAGAACGAUGUACCUUCGCUAGAGCAAUCCAGCAACUCUUGGGCCGACCCCAGCGAAACAUUGGCACAAGAAAGGCGGGCGCUGAGCACUCAAUCACUGAACGCAACGAACUCUUCCACCACUCUCCUUGCCAUGACAGGGUCAAAUGAUGUCGAAUAUCGAAUCGAGUUCGACUUUCGUAAGAACCGGGUCCCGAAAACCGCCAUCUUCUCGGCGAUACUGGAAUUCAUGAUGACACUAGCGCAGCUAGACAAUGACGACCAAAUCGAGAAUGUCAGCCAGGCGACUUCCACUGAUUCAUCAUGGAUCUUUGUCAUGCAUAAUUCAGAGUCGAGUGUUUCACUGGAGGGGUUUCAACUAGUAGCGAUCCUAGAGGGUAUUGCACGACACGCUGUUCAUUGGGGACGUUAUGUAGAAAUGACUUUCGAUUUCUUCGUCAACAGGGAGUUUGUCGCUGGGGGUUGUGUAACGGUGCCAAAUCGGUCUAGGGCGUGGUGUCAAGGAUUGAGGGAGGGAGGUCCGCAGUCAUUGGUCAAGAACUCGUCAUCAUCCUCAGGGAGUGACCUGAUUCAGACCUAG